UCGUACGCGACGUUCAAUCGCGGAUGACGGUUCGACGAUCGAUUCGACAAUUUCUCCCUUCGCGGUGUUAGACGUCUCUAAUUCGGCACGUCCGUCAGCGCUCGUACUCACAAACCGAAGCAAUCAAUGUCAAUCGGUCACCUUGCGUAAUCACCGCGCGCACAUGUUUCUCUCUUAAAAUUACAAAAACAUUCGCGUUCUUUCUCAAACAAUCAACAAUACCAGAUAAGUUUCGCACGUGCUAAAUUUGUAAACAGUUCAUCAUUCAGCACGCGUCGAAGCAAUUCGUCAUUUUGAUCGCAACAAUCGAAAAUCAAAUUUAACUCACCGAAAUAGUCAAUUAUUGCGACGUGUUGCGGUCGCGAAAAACUCGAGUGCGUAAAAUAAAAACAAAAGUACAAAAAAAAAAGUGUUCGAUUGCGCAUCGAACUGACGGCGCAGCGCGUUGAUUGAUCGAAGAUUGAAACGUAACCGCGCAAACGUGUAUGUUUUAAGCACGCAAAAGAGUGUGUGUGUGUGCGAUAAUUUAAUUGCUCCUUUUAAUCUAAUUAUAAUUAUAAUUGAAAAUUGAACUCUCUGUGAUAUAUAUAUUUUGAAUUAAAUUGUAAUUUCAACGAUAGCAAUCGGCAACGUGUCGAGCGUGAUAAAAUCGUUCUCUCGGUGUUAAACGAAAAAAAAAAAAUAAUCAAACGUGAAACGCGUUCAGUUUCUUUGUCUACCAGCGAAGAAACAAACACGCGUCUUUUUUUUUUUUUUAUUUUUUUUUUAUUUGGCAUCUCGGCAUUCGAUUUGCGCGCUUCGAGAGAAGGAUUGCUCUCAAAGGAGCAAUAUCAACCGUCGCACUCAUCCGAGUGAAUUCAGAAUGCAAUUACCUGCGAGACGUAUAGUCUUCGAAUUCGAUCGGAGAGCUAAAGUUGUAUGACUGGACUACUAUUUCAUUCGCUUCGGGGGUACGUGAUCUCGCCUCUUGGGAGGCAUUCUAUUAAAUAUAAGCGCUCUCGUCGCAAAAAAAAGGAACGCGACGCGUUAUAAAAUAAUUGUCAGCGAAAGAAGGUUUAUAUUGACUUGACUUGAUUGUCGAGAUAGUCGAGUCGGUGUUUGCGCGCGCGCGAUAUAUACGCGAGACAUGGUAUCAGAAUGCGCGGAAAACUGGGACGAAUGCGAGUCGAGCAACCUUACGGAGGCCGAAUAUCUAAACAGAGUGCUUGGACCCAAAUAUCUGCCGCAGAAGUUAGUGAUACCGCUCACGAUAGUCUACGUGGUGAUAUUCAUCACCGGCAUCUUCGGCAAUGUCGCCACGUGCACGGUCAUCGCCCGGAACACGUCCAUGCGGACCACAACCAAUUAUUACCUCUUCAGUCUGGCCAUAUCCGACCUCACUCUACUUGUGCUGGGUCUUCCCAAUGAGUUGAGUGUUUUCUGGCAGCAAUAUCCGUGGAUGAUGGGCGCGGAACUUUGCAAAAUUCGGGCAUACGUGUCGGAGAUGUCAUCUUACGUGUCAGUUCUCACAAUCAUGGCUUUUUCCAUCGAGAGAUAUUUGGCUAUCUGUCACCCGCUUCGCGUCUAUUCGAUGAGCGGUCUGAAAAGAUCUACUUGCUUCAUUCUCGCGGCCUGGUCGAUCGCGAUCGUCUCGGCGAUACCGUUCGCGAUUUACACCAAGGUCCACUUCGUUGAGUAUCCACAAGGAUCGGGAAAUUUUUCGGCCGAUUCAGCGAUCUGCGCGAUGCUUCUGUCCAACAUGCCGAAUUAUCCGCUUCACGAGCUCAGUUGUGUUUUGUUCUUUCUGAUACCGAUGCUCGUGAUACUGAUAUUGUACACAAGAAUGGGAUUUAAAAUUAAGAAAAGCACUGAGAACGCGCUUGAUAAGAUACAGGGCGCUGUUCAUGGCGAUUAUCGACAAAUCGAAUCCAGAAAAUCUGUUAUCAGAAUGUUGAGCGCAGUUGUCGUCAUGUUUUUCCUGUGCUGGGCUCCAUUUCACGCUCAACGACUUCUUUAUAUCUACGCCCAGGACUUCUCUCAUUACGUGGACUUGAACGAAUGGCUUUACAUUUUUAGCGGCUGUCUUUAUUACUUCAACAGCACCGUCAAUCCAAUUCUCUACAAUUUGAUGAGCAUGAAGUACCGCAAGGCAUUCAGACGAACUCUGUGUCGCAGAAAUAAAAAGCCAGCGAAUAGAUUAUCAAAUAAGGAAUUGAACAAAGCUUGCAAUCGACAAAUUACAUGUUCUGUUAGACAUACCAUCGCUCAGGCCAAAGAGAUGUUUUGUUUUACAUCGAGCGGAGAGGAAAAUAUGAGGAGUAACAAUAGAAAUGAUAGAAUAACGAGUUUUUCUCAAAAUGCUUGCUUAUUACAAAGGGAGAAUUCAUCCUCGGAACCUGUCUUUGUAAAACAGCAUUUCCCUGUCCGUUCCCAACUUAGUAACGAAAGCACGACGUCCACAAGAAGAUCAGAUGAUACUGUUUCCAUAACUAGAAGCAGUCUGUAAUUUUUAGCUUUUUUUUGUUUUUUUUUUACUCUUCCAUUUUUAAUCAAAUGUAACGUAGAACGUUGUAAAUAUUAUUAUUACGUAUAAUUCUAAUUAUAUAAAUAUUGAUCGAAAUUGUGUAUAAAUCAUAUGAAAAUUUUUCACGACAUUGCAACCAAUUGCGUAAUUAAAAUUAAUAAGAUGAUAUUAUCAAUUAAUGCGAAAAAAAAUUUUAUACGAUUUAUAAAACAAUAAAUAGAAAUUUUUUAUUCUGGUCCAACAAUAUUUUCCAUCAACUCUCUGAUGUGAAUAUAUUUUCGCAUGUAAAUACGGCAACGUGAAGUGUAUUUUAAUAAUGAGUUAUGUU